AUGUUCCAAAACGCGUCAACGGUCACGCUGGAUAUGAGCUACAAUAAACUGCAAGGCGGCUUGGAUGAAUUCAUGAAGCUCACAUACCUCGUCAGCUUGAACCUCGCGAAGAACCGUCUUUCCGGGUCGAUUCCCAGCCGGAUAAGUGAUCUCGCGCAGCUGCAGCAGCUGGUGCUGGCGCGCAACGCGCUGUCCGGGAGCGUGCCCGAGGCGGUGACGGCUAGCAAGAGGUUGUUGAAGCUGGACCUGAGCAGCAACAGGCUGUCGGUUCCCUCCGAUCAGCACGUGUCCCGAGGAGCUGAUUUUGGCGAGCAACGGAUCACCGACGAGCUUCCCAGCAUGGACUCGUGCGCGGGCGUGGCGGAGCGCGUCGACCUCUCCUACAACCAGCUGUCGGGCGCCAUCCCCACCGUUCUCUCGCAAUUUUCCGUCCUCACGCACCUCUCGCUCUCGCACAACGCCCUCAACGGCACCAUUCCCGAGGGAAUCGCGAAUCUGCAAAGCUUGGGCGUGCUGGACCUAUCUUGGAACAAGUUGCAAGGGUCGAUUCCCGCUGCGCUUGGGCUGUCCGAGCCGCUACAAGAGGUGUAUCUUGCGGGGAACCAGCUGGACGGGACCAUUCCUGACGCCAUGGCAACUUAUCCUGAGUCUUGUUUCCUGCCCAGGAAUGACUUGCUGUGCGGACAGCCCCUGAAGCAGUGCUCGAAAGGGGCAAUGGUGAAGUAA